UCUCCUCCCCUCGCCUGCCCACCUCCCCGCAAUUGCUCCCCACUUCCAAGUCCAAAACCCCAAGGCGAGAGAAGAAGAGAGAGGGAGGAGAUGGUGGGCCCGCAGUACGACCUUGUCGGGAAUCCACUGGGCGCGGUGCGCGCCACCUUCGAGCGAGCGGCGGCCGCCGCCGCCGCGGAGUCCGGAGGAAGCGAUCCAGUGGCGGCGUUCCGGGGCAAGGACUGGGGUGCCUGCGAGCUCUUCCGCUCCUUUCUGUUCGAGGAAGACGGAGUCGACAAGGUUCCGGUGCUGAAUGCUUCAAAUCUUGGACUGGUCAAACCAAACACCCUUGUACGAUACCGGGGAAUGGUUCAGGAUAUGCUUGGGAAUGAGUACUACAUUGGUGCAUUCAAGGAUGGGUCAACUUGGAGGACAAACAAGUUCACUGAUUUCCCACCGUUCUCAAUGCCACAUCCUUGUGAUUUCCAUCUUUGGGAGCGCCAUCUCUUCCAUUGUGUGCCUGCGCCUGGACAAAAUUCUUGGACACUAGAGUCUUCACCAGGACCUGAUGUGCGCAGGAUGUCAAGCUGCUUGGCAACUGAAUUAAGAGAGAAAAGGAAGAGAGAUGGAGAUAAUGAUGACAUGGAUGUUUCAGAAAAUGGGCAUGAAGAGUCUCCUUUGCUCUGCAAGAAAGCGAAGGAAGAUGAUGUUCAUGUCUCAUCCAGUUCAACUGAAGUGGCAGAUGGUGUGCCAGAGAUGAAUGGUGGCGAUCAUCACAUACCUGGAAGCUCCUUUUCAUGUCUAGUGAAGGUCUAUGACAUGCCUGAUAGUCAGGUGAAGCUAAAUGAUGUUAUUGAGUUCUUUGGUGUAUAUACAUUUGAUCCAGAACUUGCUACUCCUAGUGAUAACUCAGAUGACAUAAUGUUAGACCUCAUAGAAGAUGUAACAGUUCAAUUGCCUCCGAGCAAGGUGCCUCGUCUUCAUUGUUUGGUAUGGAGAAAAUUAUCACCUCAUGAUUUUAUUUCAAGGUCUCCUGUUGUUGAGCCUUCACCUAGCAUACUAAAAGGCAUUCGACAAUCUUUGCUCUCACAUCUUACUCUGGUGUUAGGAAAUGAUGAACUUGCAGCCCAGUGUUUGCUGUUGCAUCUUCUAUCCAGACUUCGCAAUAGAGUGGAUGUGGUUACUGUUGGCAGACUCUCGUUGAAUUUCACUGGCUUUAAUAGGGAAAGUGCUUCCAUAUUUGGGAAUCAAAUGUAUUCUUUGAUCCAGAAAUUGGUGCCAUAUUCGCAAACCAUCCCUAUGUCAAUUGAGUACCUGAACACAGCCACACUUCAACCUAGAAAGGACAAGUCAGGAAGGUUGGUCACAGGAGUUCUGCAACUACCUCAAGGCUCUCACCUGACCUUUGACGAGACUCUCUUACAGACAGGAUCACUGACAUCUAAAGGUGUGGAAAAUACCAUGCUGCUCAAGAAUUUGAUGGAGUCACAGAAGGUCGACUAUGAUUUUGAGUACUACAAGCUGGAUAUGCCAACUGAUGUGCAGCUACUUACUCUCUCUGAGGGAAAAUCAAACAUCCUUCCUUCAGACUUGGUAGUGCCUUUUCGUCCAUCCUCCGUUCCCACGAUUAAUGAAGGUUCUGAGGAACUUGAGAAUUGGAGAUGGUAUUUGGCCACAGUUAGGUCUCUUCCUCAGUCCACUGAACCUGAGACUUACCAGAUGAUUCAAGAUGAAAUGGUCAGUGCCAUGCGCGAUGAUAGGAGCUUGGGCUGUUCUGAACUUAGCAGAUGGCUAACAAUGGCACAAAUAAUAGCCUCAAGCUUCGGCGAGAAGAGUCUUUCUUUGGAGCACUGGCAGAUGGUGAAGGAGCUUGAGAGGCUUAGAAAGCAAAGAUUGUAAUGAGAUGACGCCAUGUUAGCAUUUGUUUCUACACCACUUGCUGUGGUGGUAUGCUGUUGUGUAUAGUACUAGGUUGUGUGCAUCAAAACUUGGAUCAAGGGAUUUCUAUAACAAGUAUGAUCCUAUGCAAACUAUGUGAUGAGUUAUUCUCAAGUUCGCAUCAUGCGGUCUCUUGAUCAAAUUUGAAGUUCUCUGGGAACCACUGGCAUGUCACUGCCAGAUCUGUAAUUUUAACUUCAGAACUAUCGGAACUGUAAUGCUAAAUUGAUCUUAAUGGACCA